CCUAAAGAUUUUCCGAUGACUCUUGGUUCCUGUUCUCUGCAUCUCCAAGCUAUUGAAUCAUCACUCAAGUGCUGCGUUGAAUUAAAAGAGCUUCGACUUGCUCACAAUGAUAUCAAGAGUCUCCCGGUGGAGUUGUCUUACAAUAAAAAACUUCAAAAUUUGGAUUUGGUAAAUAACAUAAUCACUAGAUGGUCAGAGUUGAAGGCACUGGAUUCAUUGAUCAAUCUGAAGAAUCUCAACCUACAAGGAAAUCCCAUUGCUGAAAAAGAUAAAUUAACGAAGAAGGUUAAAAGGUUACUGCCUAACUUACAGAUAUUCAAUGGUAGACCAAUUGAUAAAAGCGUGAAAAACAAAGAUGGUGAGACCAUUGACAUUGCUUCCCAUAGUAUGGAUUACACAGAGGAUAUUUACGUGGAGGACAAAAAGGGUCAGAAAAGAAAAAAGAACCUUGAAUUUCAGGUGUCAGUUGAGAAACAAUAUGUUAAUCAUGAUAAUGCUCCUGAUCUUGAGGGGGAUGAUAUUGUUGUUGAAAAGAAAGAAAAGAAAAAAUCAAAGGGGGAAAAAGAAAAUCUUAGUCGUCUUGAUGCAGAGAAAAAUAUGACACAGAAAGGGAGGAAAACAAAUGAUAAGCACUCAAAAAAGGAAGUUUCUGUACACGAGGUUGGUAUUGCAGGCGAAGAGAAACAGAAGAAGAAGAAAACGCUAGAGAAACUGGCUGAACUAGACAUUAUUGAUGACUCCGGUGCCUUUUUCACCGAGCUAUUCGCAACUGAUGCUGCAGAUCCAAUAGAAGACGGUAAAAGGAAGAUAGUUGAUAGAGCCAGUCAAGAAAUGAAAUCGUCUGGUCACUCAGUUACCUACCCUGCCAAGAAGAAGAAAGGUAAACAUGCCAUGCUUGCCGGACUUCAGUUGUCCCCAACAAUUGAAGUUGGAAUGGGUGGUGCAUCGACCUGGGAUGACGAAUGAAUCAGAUUAUCUGCGGCGAUUAAUUUCGAUCGUGACCCCUGAGGUAUUUUUUUUUUUUUUUUCUAUACUUUCUAAUGCCUUGGGUGAAUUUCAGUUUCGUUUAUUAUCUUGACAGUAGCUGUUUUAACCAUA